AAAUGCAAAGAUUACUACCUACGUUAAAUAAAACAAAAAAACACAAACUUAAACUAUAGGAUGCUCUAUCGACGACAGCUCAAACCAAAAUGGCUGUAACGCAAGAAGCGUUCUUGCUCUCGAAGCGGCGCAGUCUGGCUUUUUCCGUUCUAAAAAGUCGCGCGGUUGCCAGCUCGCAAAAAUGGGUGCAGCAUUGUUUAUUCAAACAAGGGGCCUAUAAUAAUAAUCGACUCACCUUAUCGUUGGACACUGUAUAAAACAUAUACAUCCUAUUUCUACAUGUGCCGCUCUAUAGUUUUGUUGUGAUUUGCUACGCAUGCAUUUAUUGACAAUUUACUGAACUGUCAACGAAUUACACCUAAAAAUUUGACACUACUGAAUGAAUAAUAAACUAAAUACAUCCAAAUAUGGGCCUAUUUGGAAAAACUCCUGAAAGAAAUCCCAAAGAGCUGGUGAACGAGUGGUCUCACAAGCUUCGCAAGGAGAAUUCCCAAUUGGACAGGCAGAUUCGAGCGAUACAACGCGAGGAAGAGAAGGUGAAACGCUCUCUGAAAGAGGCAGCCAAGAAAAAUGAUCGUGAAGCGUGUACCAUCCUCGCAAAAGAGGUGUUACGUGCACGUAAAGCGAUCACAAAGAUCUACACAUCGAAGGCCCACUUAAACUCUGUUCAAUUACAAAUGAAAAAUCAGUUAGCUACAUUACGUGUCGCCGGUUCGCUCUCAAAAUCCACCGAGGUAAUGCAAGCGAUGCAGCGAUUAAUUCGAAUACCGGAAGUGGCGCACACCAUGCAAGAACUGUCAAAGGAAAUGAUGAAGGCGGGCAUCAUCGAGGAGAUGAUUGACGAAACGAUGGACGCGAUGGAGGAGGACAGUCAGGAGAUGGAGGAGGCGGCGCAGACCGAGGUCGACAAGGUGCUCUGGGAGCUUACCGAGGGUAAGCUGGGCGAGGCUCCCGCGCCUCCCGUCACCGAGGCGAAAAAGCAGGUCGUCGACGUGCCCGACGAGGAGGAGAACGAAGAGGAAUUGGAAGAUAUGCAGAGCCGUUUGGCCGCGUUAAAGUCGUAGGCGCACGAAUUAACAGUAUUUUUUUAACGUGUUUUUAAGCAGCUGCGGAUUAAUUAAGCAAAUUAUCUACGCCGCUGUGCUAGUAUAAGUAUAGCUGAUGUGGCCUUCGCUUACUUGUACUGUAGAUACUUGAUUUGUUUUUAACAUUCUUAAAAGUUUAAAUAUGUAAAAUUGUACAUAAGAGUAUUUAUAUCUUAGUUUUUUAUUUAAACAAUGUGCUUAAGUAUAACUGUUAAUAAAAUAUUUGAGUUGCAA